AUGACUCUAAGCCAUCUGGGUGAGUGGAGGGUCUCCUGCUGCACUUGCAGACCUAUUCCCUUGCAGGAAUUCAUUUUGGGGAGGAAUUUACUUUAAAAUGUAUCCAAAACCCACCCAAAGCUUUGAAAAAGAAAAUAUCAAAGGCAGGCAUAGGCAAACUCGGCCUUCCAGAUGUUUUGGGACUACAAUUCCCAUCAUCCCUGACCACUGGUCCUGUUAGCUGGGGAUGAUGGGACUUGUAGUCCCCAAACAUCUGGAGGGCCGAGUUUGCCUAUGCCUGAUCAAAGGGCUCAAACCCAUCAAAGGGGCAGAGCGCUCCAAAAUCCAGCCUAGUUUUGCAUUCUGCAGGAUUAGCCAAUCGUUGGAGGGCGCAGCCUUGUCUAUCAGCACCGCGGCCCAAUCAGCGCCUGCUCCCUUUGGGAGACUUUCCCCGCCUCCCGGCUCUUAAGCCUUCCCUUUCCUCCUAUUGGCCGAGUGCCUGCCGCUCUAUGAACCCGGAAAUUGUGAAGCCGCGCCUCCUUUAGCGCUUUAGCCAAUCAUAGUAAGAAUUACAGGCAGACGCAUGCGCAUGGGGCGAAAGGAAGCGGCAGUCAGGCCGGGCGGCCAGCUUUGCGCCACGAAACUACAUCUCCCAGAGUGCAUUGCGGAAUGUUCCGGCGGGCAGCUGAGCCGACUUUUAACCCGCGCGGCAUGCUGGGAAAUGUAGUUUUCCCGAUCCCUCCCCUUAGAAGCAGCUGUUUUGCAGCUUCGCCUUCGCUUCUCGGAGGGUCCGGGAGCCUCUGGCCGCUGCCGCCGGGAAGACGGGUGAGUGGGGGGUGGGGCUGGCAAUGCUCCAGUGGCAGAAGGGUCCGCGGGCGGCUCUUUGCAGGAGAGGCAGUGCCGCUCAGUGGUUAGAGCUGGGAGGGAGCGGGGUCAGUCCCUGCGUCUCCCAUUUCACAGUGUUGCUGCUGUGGGGAUCAGAUCUAGUUCUGCAGUGAAGGGAUCUCAGCUAAGGAAUUCCCACCCAGCCUCUGCCUCUGAACCUGGAGAGGAAAAGGUGCCUGUCAGUGGAUAUUUAGGCAUGGUUGCUGCAAGAAACGUCCUAGUUCAGAAGCAAAUUCAUGGAGCAUAGGGCUGUGACUGGAAUCAUAGAGUUGGGAGGAGCCUGAGGGUCAUCUAGUCCAACCCCCUGCCAUGCAGAAAUCUUUUCCCCCAACGUGGGACUCGAACCCACAACCCAGAGAUUAAGAGUUCCACCGACUGAGCUAUCCUGUUUUCUCUCCCGCCCUGUGCUGCGCCCAGCCUCCCGCCAUGGUCCACGCCUUCUUCACCCAAAAUUGAAUUGAUAGAAAGCAGAGGUAGAACACUAUCCAGAAUGUCUGAUUUGCUGUUAGAAUGGUUUACGAAAGAUGAGGAAGUGAAAGAAGCUGUGAUAAAAUGGGCUGUAGCUUUUGGGCAUAACAUUGAAUUGGAUGCAUGGAUAAAAUUGUGGAAUUGUGAAAUUUACAGCAUGUACGGCUCUGAAGGAAAAUUUAAUGAAAAUGAUCUAUGGAUGGCAUUUGACGCCGACAAAGUUGGCAAAAUUGUAUAGGACGAGGGAUAAAAAAUGUUGGAAGUGUGAAGAGGAGGAUGGGGAAUAUUAUCAUAUGUGGUGGACGUGUGAUAAAGUGAAGAAAUUUUGGGAGUCGAUUUAUAAUGAACUUAAGAAAAUAUUAAAAUAUACCUUUCCCCAAAAGCCAGAGGCUUUUUUGCUCGGUCUGAUGGGAAAGGCGAUCAAGAUAAAAGAUCAAAGGUUAUUCAUGUAUGCCACAGAUGCGGCAAAGACUUUGCUGGCCCCAAAUUGGAAAUCGCAAGAAGUUCCUACUAUUGCGGAGUGGCAGUCGAAAAUGAGAGACUAUGCAGAGCUAGCCAAACUGACCGGAAGGAUUCAGGAUCAGGACGAUCAGAGAUUCCAGGACAAUUGGAGUAAAUUUGUUGAAUAUUGGAAGGACAGUUGUAAAAAUUUAAAAACACUAGCAGGAUUGAAGUAACUCCUACAACGUAAAAUAGAUAAGAUGUGAAAUUGUAAAAUAUGCGAAUGGACCUGAUAAAGGAUAUCAACUGAAGGGAGGGAGGGAAGUCACGAACUCGGCAGAGCAAAAAAGUCUAUAUGUUGAAGAAUGCAUGGUGGUGGUUGUGGAGUCGUUUAGUCGUGUCCGACUCUUCCUGACCCCAUGGCCCAGAUCACGCCAGGCACUCCUGUCUUCCACUGCCUCCCGCAGUUUGGUCAAACUCAUGCUGGUAGCUUCGAGAACACUGUCCCACCAUCUCAUCCUCCGUCGUCCCCUUCUCCUUGUGCCCUCCAUCUUUCCCAGCAUCAGGGUCUUUUCCAGGGAGUCUCCUCUUCUCAUGAGGUGGCCAAAGUCUUGGAGCCUCAGCUUCAGGAUCUGUCCUUCCAGUGAGCACUCAGGGCUGAUUUCCUUCAGAAUGGAGAGGUUUGAUCUUCUUGCAGUCCAUGGGACUCUCAAGAGUCUCCUCCAGCACCAUAAUUCAAAAGCAUCAAUUCUUUGGCAAUCAGCCUUCUUUAUGAUCCAGAACUCACUUCCAUACAUCACUACUGGGAAAACCAUAGCUUUAACUUUGUUGGCAAGGUGAUGUCUCUGCUUUUUAAGAUGCUGUCUAGGUUUGUCACUGCUUUUCUCCCAAGAAGCAGGCGUCUUUUAAUGUAUUAGUAAGAAAGCAUAUGUAAAGAAAACAAUAAAAAUUUAUUGGAAAAAGAGUCUUCUGCUCUACCGACUGAGCUAUCCCAUGUUCUCUCCCGCCCUGCGCAGCGCCCAGCCUCCCGCCAUGGUCCACGCCUUCUUCAUCCAGACGUUACGCAGCCGACCCGGGGAAGAGGCCGGCUGCUGCCGAGUGCUCUAUUCCAGGGUCUUCGGCCCUGAAGGGUUGGAAGAUGCUGGUUCCCAGGAUCGCGAGAAGGAGCGGCUGCGCAAGAAGGAGCAGAUCCUGGCCGUCGCCAGGUAACACAACUCGCAUGCUGUGCUCUGGAAGUGUGUAUGUGAUUCUGACCUAACUCAGCCUCCUAGGGGAAAAUGUACACCAGGAGCCUUAGUUUGGUCAGAACGGAAUAUAAACUUCCAGAAUUAAUGUUAAAUACGCCACUUCUGGUGAAUGAGCCACCAUAGCCGCUACAGGGCCAUGAAAAUUUGUGUCCCGGGCUUUUAAGACUCGUCUACACAUUAAGGAAUAUAUAUAUAUAUAUAUAUAUAUAUAUAUAUAUAUAUAAAAUAUUUAUUAAAGUUUCAAAAAAUACAAAAAAAGAAAAAGAAAAAUAUACAGAGUACAACAAAAAAAGAAAAAAAAAUACAGAGUACAGAAUAUAACAAAAAAUAGAGAAUAAAAAGAAAACAUACAAAAUAAAACAGUUAAAAGGACAUUGAUUUUCCAAACCUAUCUUCCCUACACUUAUUUCCCCGGACCUCCUCAUACCUCCCUUCUUUGUAUUCCAGUUCAGUUUGUUAGUUCAGCAAAUCCUUACCAUUAAACUUUUACCCAAUUGUUAACCUUUUUUCAUAUCUCUUAAAGCAUUACAGCUAAAAACCUCUUAGUUUCUAUCCAACAUCCUUGUAAAAUUCCUUAAUUUUGCAAUAUUUCUGUAAAUAGUCCUUAAAUUUUUUCCAGUCUUCUUUCACCGACUCUUCUCCCUGGUCUCGGAUUCUGCCAGUCAUUUCCGCCAAUUCCAUGUAGUCAAUCACCUUCAUCUGCCAUUCUUCCAAAGUGGGUAGCUCUUGUGUCUUCCAAUACUUUGCGAUGAGUAUUCUUGCUGCUGUUGUAGCAUACAUAAAAAAGGUUCUAUCCUUCUUUGGCACCAGUUGGCCGACAAUGCCCAAAAGAAAGGCCUCUGGUUUCUUCAGAAAGGUAUAUUUAAAUACAUUUUUCAGUUCAUUAUAUAUCAUUUCCCAGAAAGCCUUGAUCUUUGGGCACGUCCACCAAAGGUGAAAGAAUGUACCUUCAGUUUCUUUACAUUUCCAACAUUUAUUAUCGGGCAAAUGAUAAAUUUUUGCAAGCUUGACUGGGGUUAUGUACCACCUGUAUAUCAUUUUCAUAAUAUUCUCUCUUAAGGCAUUACAUGCCGUAAACUUCAUACCUGUGGAGGAAUAUAUUUUUGUAUAUAACCGCAGCCGCAAGAAUACAUAUGGCAAAAUAUUGGAAAACAAAAAAGGUACUGCUCCAAUCAGGGGCUGCUCCAACCAAAAAUUCUAUACAGAAUGGGAAUGCGUAGGUGAAUACAUGAAGAAAUAUGGUGUUAAAGCAAAACUCUUAAUAGGCAAUUGUUAAGCGUGUAAGGACAAAAGAAGUAAUUCUAAUUUAUCAGUUUUCAUGUUACUUUGUUUUGUUAAAGCAACUAGAAAAAAUAUUGUGUUGGGAAGAUCUCACACAGGUGAAGGGAAGCAGUGGGGAGGAGGGGAGGGUUAGGUUGAAUUUGGGAAAUAAAAUAAUAUAUGGGACAGCAAAGGAUAUAACAGAUUCUUAUAGAAUAGUAAUAUAUUGUAACCAGAAUAGAAGUUCAAAAGGGGAAGUAAAUGUAUUUCUAGUAUUUUCAUUAUUGUAAUAGUUAUUAUUAUUUCUUAUUGGUAGAAGGCAACGUUAACUUAGACUUCUUUGUUUUGCUGUCUGUAUAAUUUUCUUAAGUCAAUAAUAAUAAUAAAAAAGACUCAUCUACAUAUGCACUGUCUGGAACCAAAGGGGCGCAUCGGUUGAAGAGCUGUGAAUCCCUACCGCAGUUCUCCCACCCCACCAUCUACGGUGGUGCCUUGGUUCUCAAACGCCUUGCUUCCUAAACUCUGAAAACCCAGAAGUAAGCGUUCCAGUUUUUUAACGAUUUUCGGAAGCCGAACGUUUGACGCGGCUGUCGGCUAUUGUUUCCGAUGCGUCUGCACCAAUCAGAAGCUGCACCUUGGUUUUCGGAAAUUUUGGAAGUCAAACGGACUUCCGGAACGGAUCAAGUCUGGCGUUUUUGUUUUCGUUAUUUAUUUUGCGCUUUUGUUUUUGAGGCUUUUUCGGUUCAUUUGUUUUUGUGACUGUGUGGAACCCAGUUCAGUUACUGAUUGAUUGAGACUGAUUGAUUGUGUGACUGUGGAAAUGGAUAAAAGCCCCCCAUCCAAACAAUGACUAUCAUCAGUGCAGGAAAUAUUUUUUUAAAAUUUUUUAUCAUCUAUAAUACUGUCUUAUUUAUUUUAUACUACAGUACGUUGAUUAUUCCUUUCAGUUUAUGGAUCAAUGGUCUCAUUAGAUAGUAAAAUUCAUGUUAAGUUGCUGUUUUAGGGGUUCUUUUUAAAAGUCUGGAACACAUUAAUCUGUUUUGCAUUACUUUCUAUGGGAAAGCACGCCUUGGCUUUGGAACGCUUUGGUUUUGGAACGGACUUCUGGAACGGAUUAAGUUUGAGAACCAAGGUACCACUAUAGUGGUUUGUUGGUUUCCCACAGGUCAGCCACUGUGAGAACAGGAUGCUGGACAAGUGGGCCAUUGGCCUGAUCCAGCGCUGCUCUUUUUAUGCACACCACUUUUCUGCGUCUCUCUCUCCCUCCCCGCAAGCUCCUUCAUGGAAGGAAAGCUCCCUCCGAUAAACUUCAAAACUCUGCAUCCUCUCUAUUCGCAGGCAAGUGGAGUCAGCCUGCAAACUCCACCAGCAAGCCUCCGGGAAGCCUCAGUCCGAGCACCUAGCCCAGCUCCCUGACGAACCCGUUUCUCUCCAGGAUGCCCCGUCGGGGGUCUUCCGCCUCCCCAUGGGGGACCCCUUUUCUGAGGACAAGACCGUUCUGUGGCUGGGCAUCCAGUGCCUGGGCUUUGCUCUGGUCUGCGACCCCCACGAGAACCUGCUGCUGGCCGAGAGCGCCUUGAAGCACCUUGCCAAGACCCUCGUCGACCACCUCAAGCUGCUGAGCUCAGGGAGCGACGUCGUCCUCAAGGCCGACAGGACAGAGGUCCUUCUCCACAAGUUCCUGCCGCACGGGCAGCUGCUCUUCCUGAACGACCAGUUUGUGCUGGGCCUGGAGAGAGAGGCGAGUGCGGCGCUUUGCAAAUGAAGGAUCUCCAAAGAGAUGGAGGCUUGAACGGCCGUGGGCAGCUGUGGACGGGUCAGCUGGUUUGCUGCAUGCUGCGUAUGCCAGCCUGGACCUGCCUGCAGCCCCUCCGAGCGCUUGGGACUACAAUUCCCAUCGUCCACAGCCAGCACUGGACGAUGGGAUUUGUAGUCCCAAGCACCCAGAGGGGCUGCAGGUGGGUGAAAUGUGCUCUGUGCGACAGCAACGUCACACAUCACACUGCAUGAUGGAGAAGAAACAGGAGGAGGAGGAGGAGAUGGGGCUUCAGAGACUUAUUACCACUUCUCUGCCAAAAAACUCGAGUUCUUUCCCCCCCUUUUGUUUUUUUAAAAUUGGUUUUCACAUAUUACAUUACAAUACAGAUGUACCAAAACCAACACCAAUUCCUCCCCAUUACAUUUCUAUUUCCUCAAUCCAUCAUAUUAUUCUUUUCUCCUUCCUCCCUCUUCCCUCCGUCCCCACUCGAUUUCCUCCACAUUAUACAAUUUACAAUAAUCUUUGCAUUCUGCAACCUUCUCAAAUCAUCUACAUAUUCUUAUUAUCUUUCCUUACUAAUUUUUCUUCCAUUCAGUACUUCACAUUUUAAUC